AUGGCAACAUCAUCAGAUCCCGAUAACAGGGCACAAGACAUAAAACGCUGUCAGCUUUGCCCCGGAAAAGACAGAAAAUCUGCUGCAGAAACUGUGUGUAACACUUGUCAAGUCAAUCUCUGUAAGGACUGUGUAGGUCACCAUAUGAUCUUCAAUCCCACCAUUAGACAUGAUGUCGUUACUUUCGAAUUCAAAAAAUCUGAAAUCAUUCCACCACAAUGCAAAGUCCAUGGUGAAAAACAAUGUGAAAUGUUCUGUGAACAAUGUGAAUCCCCGAUAUGUCAGAAAUGUCUAGCCUCUGGAUCCCAUGAAAAUCACAAUGUACCACAUAUUUCUGAAAUUUAUAGCUCUAAACAGGAGAUAAUCAUAAAAGACUUAAGUGAACUUAAAACUAGUAUCGCUCCUGUUUAUGAAUCAAUACUCUCUGAAAUGAAAGAGAUGUUAUCAAGCAUUGAACAGAAACAUGAGGAAAGACAAAGAGCCAUUGAUGAAUUUGGUGAAAUAUGGCACAAGCUAGUAGACAAUGUUAUUAAUAAAUAUCAGAGGGAUGCAAGAAAAAUGGAAAGAGAUGAUGCUAACUCAAUUAAGAACCUAGGAGCAGAUUUCCAGAAACACUACUUAUUAAUUCAAUCAGCAAUGGAUGAAAACAAAUCUAUCCUUGCUUCAAAUGAUCCAUCUAAACUUUUCAACUACACUUCAAAAAAUGAAAAGUUCAGAACUAUUCAUUCCAGAUUUGAACUAAAAGUGCCAGAAUUCAGUCUCAGAAAACUAACAGAGCAAGCACUGUGUUAUAUAAUUGGAGACAUUCCAGAAACAAAGAAAAUUUGCAUUCAAGGACAGGUCCUAAAAGCUCCCCAAUCCAAAUCCAGUUCAGAAAAAGCUGUUAAGAAAUGUCUUGAUUUGCCACUUACAGUAGGAGAAAUAAAUACUGAUGUAGACAUUUAUCAGGUAGCUUGUAUUCCUCACACAGAUCACUUCUAUGUCAGUGGUGUCAAUGGAAUCAUUAAACUUAUAAGCAAAGAGGGGGAGGUGCUGAGGAAGAUCACCACUACUGCAGAGAAUAUUGAAUCAAAGGCUUUGACAUUUACCAGAGAGGGACAUCUAGUGUAUAUUGAAAAGGGAGGGAGAGUAAUUAACAAAGUGGAGGAGAAUAAGAUAAAAUGUGUGCUCAAAGUACAAGACUGGGUGUUAGAUGCUAUCUGCAGCACUUAUACAGAUGACCUCUUACUACUUAUGUCAUUUCCUGAUACAAUAAAAUUUAUCCAGCAUAGAAAAGUUGUACGUAUUCUGGCUCUACAGUCACACAAGAAAUACAUUUACGUGCCUUGA